AUGUCAUUCCUCAAGAGGGUGAAGGCUGCCUUUCGUGGAGAGGAUGCUGAACCCAGAGUACAGAAUAACAGAAGUGGCGACAGCGGUGACAUUCGUGGUUUGUUGCAGAGAAGUUCUUCCGCUGGCAGCCCGAGUAUCUGGCCUGUUCAUCCUGAUGUGCAGCGGGAGAUACAGGAAGGCACACACCUCAACAUGAAGGCUGUUGUGCGGGGAAUGCGUCGCACGGGAAAGUCAACGAUUGUGUCGCGGCUGUGCGGUUACUCCUUCCCUGCCGACUACGCGCCCUCCCCUGAGAUCAGCGCGGGGACCAUUUUCUACCGCGAUCACACCGGUAGGACAGGGGGCGGCGCCAAGGUGGAGCUCUGGGACGUUGUCGACGAGGGGUUCCGAAGAGCGCCACAGGGAAGCAUGACUCUGCCUUCCGUUCUGGCGGACGCACGCUCAAUCGAUGUGUACCGUAACUGUCAUCUGGCCGCAUUUGUUAUUGAUCGAACUCGGAAGGAAACUCUGGAGUAUGCAGUGCGUGAAGCGGGACACGUACCUCCAACUACAUGCGUUCUUUUCAUAUUAAACUUUCAUGACGCGCCCAAAGAAACUCAUGUUGUGCUAGACCGUGAUGUUGAUGCUGCGUGCAAGGCCCUUCGCCGAACGACGACGCCAAUGAUUCUGGCAGCAUCUGCUGGUCGUUCCCCGCCUGAAUAUUUUUCAGUUUCGCCGACAUGGAUGGACAUCAGCGCUGCAACGGGCUAUGGUAUGGAGCUCCUGCGCAAUACCUUUGAAAUUCCUUAUGUGUUUCUCAAGGUGUUAUCAUUAGAGAGUGAGAUACAAACGUAUUUUCAGUUUGUUGAACAGCAUCAGGCUUGGCUGCUCUGUGAGCGGGCAAACCUUCACUUUUUGGCGAAGGAGGAGCGACGGAGUCUGCAGGCAAACGAGUAUCAAGCAGUGAGGGUUGCUGGUGCUCCUCUGCAGCAGGAAACAAACUGCGAUGCAGGUGCAUCGGAAGGGGGAGCUCAUGCCUCCUUGAUAGUCGGAGGUGGCAGUCGUGUGAUACGACAUGUUGGGGGGGAGGAGGAGGAAGAGGAGAGCGAGAACGGUAUUGUGAAGGGCUUUUUUGACGGAUUUGAAGAGGAUGAGGGUGAGGCGGUGGAAAAGGAAAACUUAACGAUGGUGGGGGAAAGAGGUGACGGUGGUGGAGGCAGUAGCCGGAUCUCCAACACCAGUGCCAUGCCAGCAUUAUCAUUAUUACCACCACCACCACCACCAGUGCUGCAACAUGAUGGGACGGGGGUUGCGACUGCUGAAGAAGCUUCUUGCCCGGGAAAUGAUGAGGCGGAACUACGAGCAGAAAAGUUGGGGUGUGCUCUCCUUGAUGGGCUUGAUAGUGCUCUAGAAGUUGGAGGGAAUGAUAACUUGGACGACGCCUUCUUCUUGACGGGUGCAUCGGAGGAGCGUUCCACCACAGAUGCCGCAGUGGAGGAGUGCUCCACCACAGAUGCCGCAGUGGAGGAGUGCUCCACCACAGAUGCCGGGGGCGCACGCAUGGAGGCCAAGGCACAUCCAGGUCUGGAGGUUCCUGUUUGGAAUGCUACGCCUGUGGUGUCGGAGACGUCCUUCAUUCAGGCUGAUGUCAGUGUCCUUUUGCGAGAAAUGCAAAGCGCUCUGGAUGCGGCUCACGUUGAAGAUGGCGUGUCACGUGCUCACCACAGGAAGCAUAAAAGUCACAACCGCCACAGUGAUAAAAAGGGGGUGAGACGGAGUAAAGGCCACGAUGCGACCGAGGGGGAGGGAGGAAAGGAAGAGGAUAAAAAAUUGCCUGAUGAUGGGACAUUUGAAGUGAUAAGGGAGUGA